UUCCCAAUAAUAUAUAGGCUCAAAUUUCCAUAAAAAUAUCGUGAUCAUGUAUUCAUUUUUCCAUACAGCAGAAUGGCAAUGUCUUACCAAUUAUUUGGAUGUGUAUAUAGGACAUUCUGCAAAAUGCUUCCAAAUUUUUGCUGAUAGGAAGACAAUGACUAUACUCCAUAUAAUACAAAAGAAUAGACAGACAGAAACAGAGAGAGAGAAAGAGAGAGAGAGAGUGUGUCAUGUGGCUAUACAGGUUACAUGAUCUCCUAGGAAGGGAAACACAACCUUUCCCAUCCAGUGGCCAUACAGGAAAGUCAAGUUACCAUUCAUAUCAUAUUCCCUCUUCUUCUUCUCUCAAAAGUCAUUUUUUCUUCUGAGUCCACCAUUGCUUUUUGUGCUCAUGGAAACCAGUUCCACUGUUUCUCCUGCAAGCCCAUCUGCCCUUACUGCAGCAAACCAUGCCCACAACCAUCAUAAUCCACAGCUUCAACCCCACACUCACCACCAUGAUCAUGAUGUUCUCCCCUCCACUUCCACUCUUAUUAUCAUCAUACCCAUCACCAUAAUCAUCUUGCUCCUCUCCAUUCUCCUCAUCAUAGUAAUGCUCAGACGCCUAAAAUCUGAGAAGAACAAUGGCACCCGCAAAGGCAACAGCACUAUGAACAAUGGAAACUGCAUGUUCAUUGCUCAGAGCACCAUUGACAUCAAUGCAAGCCCAGAUGUGAAAGGAGGGUGUCUUUAUGGAGGGAGCUCAGGCCGGAUGCCGUCGGCUAAACUCAGAGGGGUCCAAGUGUUCACCUACAAGGAGCUGGAAGAGGCCACAGAUCAAUUUAGUGAAGCAAAUGUGAUUGGGAUUGGGGGAUAUGGAGUAGUGUACAGAGGGGUGUUGAGAGAUGGCACUGUGGCAGCAAUCAAGAAGUUGCAGAGGGAAGGAAAGCAGGGGGAGCGCGCAUUCAGGAUAGAGGUGGAUUUACUGAGCCGGUUGCACUCUCCUUACUUGGUGGAGCUGCUUGGUUACUGUGCAGACCAGCACCACCGCCUGCUGAUAUUUGAAUUCAUGUGCAAUGGCACCCUCCAACGCCACCUCCACCACCACGACCACCACCCGCUGAACUGGGGCACCCGGUUGCGCAUUGCCCUGGACUGCGCCAGAGCCCUCGAGUUUCUCCAUGAGCAUACAACGCCAUCCAUCAUACACCGCGAUUUCAAGGCCAGCAACAUCCUCCUAGAUCAAAAUUUCAGAUCCAAGGUUUCUGAUUUUGGCCUGGCCAAAACAGGCUCUGACAAGAUCAACGGUCAGAUCUCGACACGCGUGUUGGGGACCACUGGUUAUCUAGCCCCAGAGUAUGCUUCAACAGGUAAACUUACCACAAAAUCAGACGUAUACAGCUACGGAGUGGUUCUUCUAGAGCUUUUGACGGGCCGUGUGCCGGUCGACACCAAACGUCCCCCUGGAGAACAUGUCCUCGUCUCUUGGGCUCUCCCCAGGUUAACAAACAGGGAGAAAGUGGCGGAAAUGGUGGACCCAUCUCUACAAGGCCAGUAUUCCAAAAAGGAACUAAUCCAGGUGGCUGCCAUUGCAGCCAUGUGUGUGCAACCGGAAGCCGAUUACCGGCCUCUAAUGACAGAUGUUGUGCAGUCCUUAAUCCCCCUGGUUAAGAAUCUCUCUGCGUUGUGUACCUCCAACUCAAAUUCCUUGAGAUUCACCCAGACAGUAAGUCCGAAAUAUUAGAAGCUUCUUGGAACUACAAUUUGAACCAGCUGGCUCAUUCUGCAACGAAUCACACUAGAGAACAUCUUCAGGGCCCCUCAAGGUUCACGGGCCUUUGGCCAAGGUCACAAUCAGAAAAAAAUAAAAGAAAAAAAACCCUUAUUUCUUUUGACCAAUCAAGAGCCAUGUAAAAAUUGUGUGGAUUCCUGUAGCACUAGUAAUGGCUACUUUUUGCAGCUUCCAGAGCAUAUGAACAAAAUGAGCAGAAAUGUGUUGGAAGAAGCUAUCCAAAACUGAACUUCCACAUUC